GCUAUUACUAUUGGUUUUAUUUCUUUGACCUGGUGACUUAUUUCCAAGAUUGUCACAUUGUCGACUGUGAGUAGUGAAAGGGUAGAGAUCUACAUUAUUAUUGAGUAAAUCCUAUUAUUGACGUAAGAGUAAGAGGCCGACACUACAAGAUUUGCUUUGACAGGAACCUGUCUUUCAAGCUCAAGUUUGAGACAUGUCUCACCAGCAUGCUGCAAGUCCACAAGAUGGACAUCACUACAGCUAUGCACCAUAUCAAGAACACGGGGCUGUUGGUAAUUACCAUCAGUACGCUCCACCAAAUCCAAGAAUGACUGUUCCCCCUCCUGGACACCCCAGUAGUGGACAGAUUUUUUCUAUGCCACCACCGCCAUUACCCGGUGGCCAUCACCCUCCUCCAAUGAACAAUAGUUUUAAUUUUUCUCAACCACCGCCAGGACCACAGGCAGGAGUGCCUUUCAGGCCUCCUUUUUACAACCAACCACACUCGAGUAACGUUGUUGCUCCUUUCAAUACUCAAGGGAUGUACCCGUUAAACCAUCCUCCACCUCCACCUCAACCAGCCAUGAAUCAACCACCUCCUGGGAAUCCACCAGACUUUGUGAUGCCAACUAACAAUCUAAGCGUCCCUCCCCCUACCCCAUUUCCCUCACCACUUGGUGGAGCCCCACAGAUGCAGUCAAACUUAACGAGGCCUCCACCACCUUACAGUCAGGCAGCUGCAAAUCGAAAUUCAAGCAUACAAAACUCUGGGACAUCUCUGUCAUUUCAAGCCCCCAGAGUGCCCUCGAAUUCAUCGUUAAGUCAGGGAAAAUCUGUCAGCCGACCUCUUUCUAGAAAAGAAGUAGGGGCCAGAAUGUUGGAAGAAUGGGUCAAGCAGUCUUCAAAAAGCAGAAAGAUACAGAAGAAGUCAGUAUCCUUGAAAGGAGAGAAUUCUAUGAAGGUUUGGGAGCAUGUUCAACAUUUGGCAGAACUGAGGAGAGUGUUAUCGAGCAUGUCUGAGCACAUCAGUGGAAUGGAGCAGGUUGUGUGCGAGGCAGACAGCAGGACUUGGGAAGAAGCUUCAGGCAAAAUAGAAGCUGAAAAGGAAAAAUUGAAAGACUUGCAGUUAUAUCUGGAGAAGCCGUUGGCGUGUGAUAUGAUGGAGCGUUUAAAGGGAAUGAGACUGAAAAGGGCAAGGCUGAGAGAGGCAAGAAGGAUGAAAAGUGAGCAGCUGCAGAGGCAGAGAGAGGAAUGGGAAACAAAGAGCACAAAGAUUGAUCAAUGGCAGGAAAAAGUAAUGAAGCAGAUAAAGGACAAGAGCAUGAAAGAAAAAAGGAAAGCGGCUGCUGACCAGACCCUCAGUAAGGUGACCAAGGAGAUCCAGGAUGCCAACAGACUUGUGGAGACAAUGACAGCACUGCAGAAACUCCGACUCAUUCGACGAGAUGCUGCUGUGAAAAGAGGUGAUACUGAUCUCGGAGAAUCUAGGCAAAGUUUUGAGCAGAAGAUCACAGAUAUGACACGGCUUGUGAAAGCUCAGUUAGAGCAUUACAAAGAAGAAGAAUCAAGACUGAAGAGCAUUAUAAAGUCUGAGGCUGAGGAGAGUGACAGGAAGCGAGAAGAAAUUGAAAAAGAGGUUGAGAGGUUGAAGCAGAGCGCUGAAGAUUCUGAGCUGGAAUCAUUGUUAUUUGGACCCCAAGCUCUUUGGAGAUGUCCAAGAGCUUUAGUGUCUGUGUCUCUGGUGACACUCCGGAAGCAGACCCGCUGUAUCCAUUUGUUCAGUUUUACAAACAAGCUGAACAUAGUUUACAAGCAUUUCUGCAGAUAAGAUAUGAAUGGGAUUUGUUUUUGGUACCGGAAAAUUCAUCUGGAGGAUCUUCGAUUCCAGGCUCUUGGGUCAUGCCUGAAGGGCCAAGCUCUAGCAUAUGGGCCAGUGCCCAAGUGUAACUGACAUGUUGUUCAUGCUGUCUUCACUCAUACAGAAGGCUGGCAGCUGAUGUUUUUGUACCUUUUCUCAGAAUACAAAAUUAUAUGCACUCUGAAUAUA